ACAAACCCACAACUUUUUACAAUAAAAAAACACAUUUCAUACAAUCUCUUUACAAGAAUGGCUUCGAUCACUUUCUUGAUCCUAGCAAUUAUUCUGAGUUCCAGAACUUCAGGAGCCACUUCUCGUGGGGGGCUCUUUGAAGCUUCUGCUGCCAAGGAUAAACAUGAGCAAUGGAUGUCUCGUUUCCAUCGUGUUUACUCCGAUGAAUCUGAAAAAACAAAUAGGUUUGAGAUCUUUAAGAAGAACUUGGAGUUCGUCAAGAACUUCAACAUGAAUACAAACAUAACGUACAAGUUGGAUGUCAACCAGUUCUCUGAUCUCACCGACGAGGAGUUUCGGGCGAGGUACAUGGGGCUAGUGGUACCCGAAGGUAUGACCAGUAUAAAUUCGGACAAAACGAUGUCGUAUAGAUAUGAAGAUGUCAGUGAAACCGGUGAAAGCAUGGAUUGGAGAGAGGAGGGGGCUGUUACAUCCAUUAAGCACCAAGGCGGAUGUGGAAGUUGUUGGGCUUUCUCGGCCGUGGCGGCUGUGGAAGGCAUAACGAAGAUUGCUAAAGGCGAGCUCAUAUCUCUUUCAGAGCAGCAACUUGUGGAUUGCAGCACAGACUACAACAGAGGAUGCGGCGGAGGGAUAAUGUCGAAAGCUUUCGAGUACAUAAUCAACAACCAAGGAAUCACCACAGAAGAUAACUAUCCCUACCAGGGAGCACAACAGACAUGUGGUUCAAACUCCCAGUCAUCUGCUGCUACAAUCAGCGGAUACGAAACCGUUCCAAGUAAUGACGAGGAAGCAUUGCUAAAAGCGGUGUCUCAACAGCCUGUUUCCACGGUGAUAGAUGGGUCAGGGGCUGCGUUUAAGUACUAUUCAGGUGGGGUGUUUGAAGGUGAAUGCGGGACGGAGAUGAGUCAUGCGGUUGCGAUUGUUGGUUACGGGAUAAGUGAAGAAGGGACUAAAUACUGGUUGCUGAAGAACUCAUGGGGAGAAUCCUGGGGAGAGAAUGGUUACAUGAGAAUCAAGAGAGACGUUGAUGCACCCGAAGGAAUGUGUGGCUUGGCCAGACUAGCUUUCUAUCCACUUGCAUGAGUUGCGUUACUCAGACGUAACCAAGACAUGCACCCUUAUCCAAUAAUUUUAUGAAACUAUAUUCUAUGUUUUCGUUGCAGUCAUAUGUAUCUAUAUUAUUAAAGUUGAAGUACACAAUUGGAUUGUUUGGAAACAUGGAUAGUAGAGAUGUGUAUUUUCUUUUAUUUACAUAUUUGGCCAUUGUAUUUUCAAUAAAUUAAUA